AUGACUACUCAAAAGAUCACAUUUUUGUUAAAUUGGGAAACUACUCCUUAUCAUAUUCCAAUCUAUGUUGCUCAACAACGAGGUUAUUUCAAAGAGCAAGGUUUAGAUAUUGCUAUUUUGGAACCUUCUAACCCUUCAGAUGUUACUGAAUUAAUUGGAAGUGGUAAAGUUGACAUGGGCUUAAAAGCCAUGGUUCAUACGUUAGCUGCAAAAGCAAGAGGUUAUCCAGUCACUUCAAUUGGUUCAUUAUUAGAUGAACCAUUCACUGGUGUUGUUUACUUGGAAGGUUCUGGUAUUUCAACUGAUUUUCAAUCUCUCAAAGGUAAACGUAUUGGUUAUGUUGGUGAAUUUGGUAAAAUUCAAAUUGAUGAAUUAACAAAGUAUUAUAACAUGAGUCCAAAUGAUUAUACUGCUGUUCGUUGUGGUAUGAAUGUAGCUAAAUAUAUUUUAGAUGGUAUUAUUGAUUGUGGUAUUGGUAUUGAAUGUAUUCAACAAGUUGAAUUAGAAGAAGCUUUAAAAUCUCAAGGUAAAGAUCCAAAUGAUGCAAAAAUGUUAAGAAUUGAUAAAUUAGCAGAAUUAGGAUGUUGUUGUUUCUGUACUAUUUUAUACAUUGCAAAUGAUAAAUUCAUUCAAGAAAAUCCUAAAAAGGUUAAGAGAUUCAUGAUUGCAAUUAAAAAAGCUACUGAUUAUAUUUUGGCUUCUCCAAUUGAAGCAUGGGGUGAAUUCUGCAAUUUCAAAUCACAAAUGGGUUCAGAAUUAAAUACCAAAAAAUUUCAAAGAUGUUUUGCUUAUUUUUCAGAAAGUUUAUACAAUGUUCAUCGUGAUUGGAAUAAAGUUAAUAAUUAUGGUAAAAGAUUAGAGAUUUUACCAAAAGAUUAUAAACCAAAUUAUACAAAUGAAUUUUUAAGUUGGGAUGAACCAGAAGAAGUUGAAGAUCCAAUUAAAGCUCAAGAAUUAAUGUUGAAACAUCAACAAGAAUGUAAAACAUGUGGAGGAUAUAAAAGAUUAAUAUUAACUUGA